UUUAUUUUCAGAUGUCCCUCCGGCAGGGGGCGCUGUGGCGCCUCUGAGCCGGUAAACCACAGAAGAAGAAGAGGCUGCACUACAGAAGACGAACCCGGAAGCUGCACGUGCGCUCGAGGAUUUAUUUUAUAGUUUUUAUUAGUAUUUGUCAGAUGGAGGGUGACACCACAGGGACAAACAGGAAGUGCUCUUCCGUCACAGGAAGUGCACGGAAGAUGAAAGACAACGCGGCGGACUGGCACAACCUGAUGCUGCGCUGGGAGCGCCUGAACGACGAGGGCUUCGGCCGCGCCAACGCCAUCGUGAACACCCGCCGUUCUCAGAGCGAUCAGCGGCUGGUGGACGAGUCGGAAACUCCAUCAUCAGCUCCUCCUCCUCCUCCUCCUCCUCCUUCAGCUCCUCCUCCUCCUCCAUCAUCUCCUCCUCCAUCUUCAUCUCCUCCUCCUCCUCCGUCAGCUGAAGCUUCAGAUCUGCAGGACGAGUGCUGCAAGCUAAAGGAGGUCGUCGACAAAAUGGUUGUCGUUGUGAUGAAGAUGGAGCGCCUGAUGACAUCACAGCGUGGCGUUCAGGAUCUGGAGAAGUUUCAGUUCGGACCUGAAGGAAGAAAACUCCCUCUGUUUCACAGCUGGAGCUCCAAGCACUUCGAAGAGGUUUCCGGUCUCCUUCUGGACUCCUUCAGGCAGGAACUGGAUCUGAAGCAGAGGAUCCUACAGGAAGUGGCUCACACUGUUUCCCCCGACCUUUGCAUGGUGUUCCUGUCCUGCUGGCUGCAGCAGCCCUACCUGCCCCCCCACUGCCGUCUGAGCCUGGAGGCCCUGCUGCUGGAGACCGGACACCGGGCCCUCUAAAGAACCGGGUCCUACUGGGCCCGCUGAAGAACCAGGUCCUACUGGGCCCUCUGAAGAACCAGGUCCUACUGGGCCCUCUGAAGAACCAAGUCCUACUGGGCCCUCUGAAGAACCAAGUCCUACUGGGCCCUCUGAAGAACCAAGUCCUACUGGGCCCGCUGAAGAACCAGGUUCAGUUCUGAGGUUCCUUCCGAUUCAGAACCUCUUUAUGUUUCCUGUGUGAAGUCCAGUUCUAACAGAAGUGACUUUAGAUUUCAUUCAGAAUUAAAGAUUUAUUUAUUUUCUACAAA